UAAGGGAAUAGGUAUUACAAGACAUUAUGUUUUAGCUUCUACAGCGCUAAAUACUCUGUGUUUGUAGAAAAAUAUAUUUUAUAUACGUGUGAUGUGGUUUUCUGGAAAGAAGUUUAGGAGAAUCCGAUGUGAAAACAUUGACAAAGUGCUAGCGGCGACCAACCCAAAUGAAGACAUAGUGCAAAUGUUGAAAGCUAAAGCCCCACUGGUCACGUACACCAUAAACGAUGGGAACAUACUGCACAUGGAAUUGGAAUUCGAAGGGAAGCACCUGAGUCAUGUCUUCAAAUUAGGAGAGGAACAGGAAAUGCAGAAGAAAGAUGGCAGCAAAGUAAAGAUAACAUACAGACUCGAGGGUGACAGCAUUUUACAUCAAGUGAUCAAAAUGGACGAACGAACAGCGUAUUUCAAAAGAGAAUUCAAAGAAAAUGGAGUCGUUAUGACUAUCAAAUUAGACGGCACAGAUCUCAGCGCAACUAUACAUUACGCUCUUGUAAACUAGGUUAUAUUAAAUGUAUAUUUUUAAGUAUUAUCGAAAAAGUAUUUAUUUAAUUAUAACAUGUAAUUUUUAAACUUAUCAAACUUAAAUCCAAUUUUUUGUUAAAUAAAACGUAUGUUAAUUUAUUAAAUUAUUGAUGUAUAACAUUUAUGAGAUGCAAAAUUAAUUUCCCAAUACGAAUAAAUUGUUACAGAUACAUAAAUUAAUAUAUCUAAAGUGUACGUAUUAGGGGAAUCGAAAUGUCAACAUCGUAAGGAGAAUCAAAUUCCUUAGAGAUAAUAAAUUAUGUAGUAUUAUAUUAUAUUAAUAAAAAUAUUUACAAAAAUCAAAUUUUUGAUUU